AUUAAUAGCGAGUGAAUAAAGCGGAGGAUCGACGGCGGAGAGUCGAGUCACUGGACAAGCAGGAAUAAUAUCAAAUUUAAUGAUUACGCCCUGUCUUUCUUCUCUUCUUGCCAACUGUCGACAAAGACCGGAACCGUGCCCUGCAGAAUUUUAUCGCCGUCCUUUGCAGGUCUUCCUUCAUCCUCCUUCUCCUUCGUCACUCUACUCCUAGCUGGGAGUUUACAUCAUUUAGUUGUCUAAGCUUCCUUUUUUUUGGCCGCCAGCUGCAUACAUCCAUCCAUCUAUUAUCUGACUGAACUUGGCGCUCAGGAGGCCUUGUCGUCUUCUUUCCCAGCGCUGAUCAGUUUCGGGGUCCUUUUCCCCCUGCUCAGUAAUCUGCUAUUUGGAUAUUACAGGGGUGAAGAGGGAAGAAAGGGCUCCUCCAGGGCUGGAAGUAUACACGAAAAUGGUCGACAUUGAAGGAACUUCUGUCGCGGAAGAUCCCUUGACGCGUCCAACAGUGGAAGCAUCUCAUGGUGCAUGCGACCGUGAGGCUGGCGCUGAGCUCGAACUCGAUCAAGACCAGGCUCAUGGGCAAGGCGACGGUAAUGAGAACGACAACGACAACGAUCAGGACCCUUGUUCCACGCACAAUACAACGGCCAGUGCAACGGUGGGCACGCGACGUCAGACUAACGGGACAAUUGGGUCCGUUUAUUCGGGCAAUAAAAUUCGACACCUCAAGAAAGAGGAUGGGAUUCCGCUCUGGCGCAAGGAUAUUCAAUUUGAGUUCCUCAAGUUAGUGUUCGAAGACCAGACGCCUGUCUUCACGCGGUAUUCGGAUGGAGCUCGAAAUGUCGUCUUUGCGGAUAUCUACCUUGAUGCCAUGGCGAGGAGUAGUAAGACAAGCAAAGUGCUGAAAGACAAGUUACAAAGCGACAGACAGGCAGCUAUUGGAAUGGCGAUGGUCUGUCUUUUGGUCAAUGUGGGCAGGAUGAAUACUACCCUUAACUUUUUCCCUGAAAUGCGUGCUCAAUUGCGAACAUACCACCCAAUCCCUUCUCUACAAGCUCACCAGGAGCAAAACACCGACAAACAGUUGCAAGAUGCACCCCGUCUCAAGUCCAUUCUCAAAGGCGCAUCCGAGGAUACCGAUCAGCCCAAUACGCUCGAGCGGAUCAAACGUCUCCCUGUUCCCCGGACAAAUCCUGUGAAUCUCAUCUUCGUCCUGGCGCAGUACGCACCCAAGGUAUCCGAGAUACACUUCUUCCCUCCUCGAGACUUCUUCGAUCUUGUCGUGAGAUCCACACUCAGCAGCAGGAGUCGUGCGAGAGCCUUCCUUUGGCUUAUGUGGUGGUAUCUCGAGAGCGAUUUUUCCAGGGGGGCUGCGCUCAAUAACCCUUUUGGGCCUGGACUCGACGGUGAAGGGACCGAAGGCUUGCCAAUCAAGGUUCCGGUUUUUGAAAGCCUUACUGAGGAGCAAGCAAACGAGGAAAACAUCGAUACGCCAUCUGAGAUUGAGUAUGGGGAGUCGAAACGCCUCGAACGCAAGCGCAUCUUGGAGGAGGAUGAGCCUACCGCGAGACUGAUCAAGCGUCCCAAAAAAGAUUCCGGCUACGAUGAAGACCAGGUUUCAGGAGACCUUGCAUCUGUCCGAGGUGAUAGAAUCAGCCUUGGGGGCUUCGGGUCGGCGGUGUCAACCCCGUUGCAUCCCUCUUUAAAGCGAUCUGCGGAGGAUGAGGAGGACGAACGGACUCCCGGCCAGUCGGCCCGUGCACGGAGCAAUAAGAAGGCCAAGCGGGACCCCUCAGCGAACAGUUCUGCUGGCCAACAGCGCCUCAUUCUGAAGACGAAGAUGGAGCAAACACCAGAUACCGCGUCUCCUGCGCCUCCUGGUUCAGGCCAUCCGAUUCUGAACCAAUUUGAACCUCCGCUGUCGCAGCCUGUUCCCCCGGCCGCCACAACUAGCACGGCUCCCAGCAGCUCCCGCCGUCCUCGACCCCUUACCCAGCACCAACUCGCUGUUGAACAAAACCGCCGUCAACGCGUGGAGUAUAUGCUUGCGAAGCGGAAGAAUGAAGAGUACAGUUUACUUCGCAAAAAGCGGGAAAGUGAGUUUCCAUUUGCUCGCUACGCGCGCUUGCUCCAGGGCCUCCCCGACGGCUACGAUACAGAGGACGAGGAACAUUCGUGGGGGAAAGGCGGACUUAUCCCGAACCCCCUUGAAGAGGAAGACUUUGGUGAAUGUGCAAGUUACUACCUGUCCGUAAUACGGAAGGCAGCCAGGAGGCUCGACCGAUGGGACUAUGAGGGCGCCAAUGGACCCAAAAGGGAUAGGAAGAAGGAGAGAGAAGAACGUGCGAAAAGAAGAUUACAGAACGGAUUGAGCGGCAAUGGAAAAAAUAAUGGCUUCUCCAACACUGCCAAUUCUAAUAGUGCCACCCUGGAAACGGGAAGCAUCCGCGCGACUCCCUCUCGAAGCAAGGGUAAAGCCCCACGCAGCAGCGCGAAACGGAAAUCUGCCGCUGGCUCGACAGUCACCCCGAACAAGAAACAGGCGUCAUCCUCCGCCCGUAGUAAAGGCGGCCGCGCCCGUACGGGUGGUCGCAGUGGAACCGGAGCUGCCGGCAUAGCAGACUCUACCACAAAUAGUCUAGAUGUUCCAUCCCACGGCCGGGGAACUCUUUCUCCGCUGGGCCCGUCGGCGCAUGCAGAUGCGGAUGUGGAGAUCGAAGGAGAUGACGGCCUCGAUGAUAUCGACAAGGAGCUCCUGGGCGAAGGCACAGGCGAUGAAGGGGAUGAGACUCACCACCGUCCUGCGUCUACUUCUCGUUCUCACCCUCCUCGCUCUCGUGCCGCUCAUCCUUCUUUCGAUGAGUCAGGCAUUGACGACAGCUUCCUGGCUGAUGAUGAUAACGAUAAUGAGCCUCUGACCUCUGAAAAUGAGGUAGAGUUAGGAAGCGAUAUCGACAUGGAAGAGGGCAACUCCGAUGCGGCCAGUAGCUUGAGUUCCUCGCCGGCACGCGAUAUUGUAGGGAAAGUUGAGCCUGAAGCCGAAGCUUUGGCCGAUGACGAUGAUCUCAUGUAGAAUGAGAUUAAUAUUGCAGGACGAACGAAUGUGCAUGCAACAGCAACUGUACCAUACCAAUCUAUCUUUUUUUCUCUCUCUUGCAUCUCCUUCCCAUUAUGCAUAUGGGGUUUUUUCUAUCAUCACUUUGUCUUUUCCAUUUUAGCGCUCAGGUCUUGGCAUUUUUUGCUCACUGAUCUGAGCAUGGGGUGAGUGAUGGCAGCGGGUAAGAUGUAGUCUCGAUAAAACGCACCCAGUCUUGUUUCAGUCCUCUCCAAAAAAAAGGAAAGUUCGGCAUUUUCCCUUUUUGCCUGUGUGAUCAAUUGUGUCAACGCAUCUCCAUUCAGGGUCCAGCUCGUAGCUGAUGAGCCACAUCAUUGCACGGAAACCUUGAGAUUAUGAUUGCCCUGUUGUAUAGCCAUUGCCUCCUCUAGAUCUGGGGAGUAAGGCUCAGGCUCUAACCUUCCCUCUCCCGCCGCGGAAAUGGUUUCCUCGACAAGAUCUUCAGACUCGGUUGUUUUUGUUGCCCAUCGCUGGACCCAAUUUAAGCAUCCAGAAUGGAUCCAGGUGGUCAUAACAACACGCAGUGGUUUCAUACACGAGUUUUCGUUUUAGGUGUACUUAUGAAUAUCGUUUGGCAAUAAUAAGACUCUUGGUGGGGGAAAGAGCUUACUUUGCCCCCUUCCUUGCUACAAUCUGCAGUAACAACUCACUAGCCUUAGCAUAUGUUAUAUUUUCAGACCUGAAAAUGCCGUGAUCAUCAAUUGUCGUUUCCAUAUGAUGAUUGAGGUCAGUUAUUGUUGAGGGUUCAGAAUGCUCAGACAUUUUCACGACCACGCUAGGAGCCAAAGAGCUUGGUGAUGGAAGAACCUCAGGUCGUAGCUUCCCAGGUUCUGUACUCAUCAAGCAUGGGAUAGAGGGGUUUUCAAAC